AGAACACACACUGGAGAGAAACCUUAUGAAUGUAAUGAGUGUGGCAAAGCCUUUGCACAAAACAGUACUCUCUUAAGCCAUAAAAGAACACACACUGGAGAGAAACCUUAUGAAUGUAACCAGUAUGGUAAAGCCUUUGCACAAAACAGUCAUCUCAUAAGCCAUAAAAGAACACACACUGAAGAGAAACCUUAUGAAUGUAAUGAGUGUGGUAAAGCCUUUGCAAAAAACAGUCAUCUCAUGAGCCAUAAAAGAACACACACUGGAGAGAAACCUUAUGAAUGUAAUGAGUGUGGCAAAGCCUUUGCACAAAACAGUACUCUCUUAAGCCAUAAAAGAACACACAGCAAAGAGAAACCUUAUGAAUGUAACCAGUGUGGUAAAGCCUUUGCAGAAAACAGUCAUCUCAGAAGACAUAAAAGAACACAU